UAGCAGCAAGUUUUUAUGUUUCUUCUAUCAUUAGGUAAAGAAAAAAUAUCAAAGUCUUGAACGAUCGAUAAAUAUAGCAAUCGAAAUGAAGCUGUUUAUUAUUUUCUUCAUUGCUGUUGGAGCAUGGUCAACUGUGACUGAAGGAGCUGGAACAUCUGAAAAAUUAUUAACAUUAUUAAUUGAAAAAGUUAAAACAGUGUCAAAUGAUUUAGAAUCAUACAGUGGUAAUUUAAAAAAUGAAGUAGCUGAAAAAUUAGUUGAAUCAAAAAAUGUUGAAUUAAAAAAAUUAGAAGAAGUCAAAAAUGAUACUUUAAAAAAUGCCUAUGAAGAAUUUGAUAGUGCUUCAGCUGAGGGAAAACAAGUUGGCCAUUGUCUUGAGACCCUGAAAACACUUGUUGAUAAUUCAGAAAAGAGUUUGUACAAAUCAUUUGACAAUUGUGUAGAUAAUCAACUUGAAGAAAUUUCAGCAAUGCAAAAAAAUGUUGACACACAUCUCAAAACAAAAUCAACUGUUGUAGAAAAACUUGAACAAAUAUUUAAAACAUGUGAAAAUAGUAAAACAUUGGAAUAUCAAUUUUGCAUUGCAAAAGAAUUACCAUCAGCAACAACACUAGCUGGAGGUUAUUAUUCUUCAACAGUUGCAUUGAAAAAAACAUUUGAACUUAUUGUCUAUGCAGCACCAUUUAAAACAAAUGUUUGUUUCAUGAAACCAACUGCAACAUUUAGCCUUGCUAUGUUGUCUGGUCAAUUGUCGGUCAAUGAAUGUAUCAGCAAUGCUUAGAAAAUAAACUCAGUGCUCGAUAAAUCUACAAAUAAUAUUUAAAAAAUAUUUAAACAAUUAUUUUAACGACAAGUAUAUUAUCAAUAUUGCAAUAUUGAUAAAUACAUUUGUAAUUUGAUCGAUUAAUUUGUUUUUUUUUUUAUAUCAUUUUAUCAAUCAAUGACCGAAUAAAUAAAGUAUCGAUAUAAAAAAAUCCAAUGUUUUCCUGGUGAAAAAUAAUUAUUUAUUUUUGGUUAAUUAUUAUUUAAUUUGUUUUUAUUUUUUAA